UACAUCAGAGAAAACAUGAAAAAUAACCGAACACACCUCUAUGACGAAUUUGCGACAUUAGCGACAGGGCUGAUCCAUAAGCAUGACGUGGCAGCUCAAGAGAGAAACAAGGGCAAGAACAGAUACAAGGAAAUGUAUGCAUACGACCAUUCACGGGUGCCACUCAAAACAGAUAAGCCAGACGAUUCUGACUAUAUCAAUGCUUGUUUCAUCAAUGGUUACGAAAAAGUAAACAAAUUCAUCGCAUCACAAGGUCCUACGAAGAACAUGAUUGAUGACUUCUGGACAAUGAUUUGGCAGCAGAAAGCUGACAAAAUUGUGAUGCUGACAAACCUCAUAGAAAUGGCUUCGAUAAAGUGCAAACAGUACUGGCCAGAGAAAGGUGACACUUGUUCAUAUGGUGGCAUAGAUGUAUCAUACAUCGACACAAGAGAAUUCCAAGACUACAAUGUACGGACAUGGGAAGUUAUAAAGGUGGCUAUGACUACUGGCAGUAAACCACGUCGAAUACGCCAGUUCCAUUUCAAAACCUGGCCUGACAAGGACGUCCCAGACAGUGCUUGGUGCCUCGUCGACUUCUGGAAAGCUGUUGACACUAAUAGCGCAACAAAUGAAUCACCGAUUGUUGUACACUGCAGUGCUGGAGUUGGUCGUACGGGAACAUUCAUCGCACUUGAUAACCUUAUAUACCAGGCUAAAGCAGAAAAGUGCGUUCGGCUUCUACAAAUGGUGCAGACACUGCGCAGACAGAGGGUGAAUAUGGUACAGACGAAGGAACAGUACGUGUAUCUCCACGAAGCUGUAGCAGAGGCCUUGCUGAUCGGGACACAUCACGUGUACUCCAAGCAGUUUGAUAGUUUUUACAAGCACAUGGUCAACAAAGAGCUACGAUCGCCGAGGACGAGGAUUGAGGAACAGUUCGAUUUGAUUGGAAAGGGAGUCACAGAGGAGGCGGUGCAGGAGGUUGGUCCUGAAUAUGGAAACAUAGAAUCCAUGCGAUCGGAAAUAGAUGCAUAUCGCCCUACCCUGCACAAAAGAGGAUCUAAAUUUGUUCAAAAUCUCGGAACUAUUUUCUUACCGAACUACGCCAACAAGAACACUUUCCUGGUAGGAACGUCGCCGACAGAACAAACGCUGGAAGAAUUCUGGUCCUUGAUUGAGGAACAACACAUCACCACCGUAAUCAUGCUGACGUCACAAUCACAUACCGCUUACAAGGCAUGCCUGUACUUAGGAAGCAUGGACGGAAAACAGAUCGGCAAUUUUGUUGUCAACUGUAUCCAUGAAAAGAAGAACAAAGACUUCCAAGAAAAGUGUUUCUCAUUCAAAGACGUAAACAACGAGGACGAGGAUUACCUGACCACAAUACGUCAGUUUGAGUUUUCGGCUUGGCGGGAAGGCGAGGACACACCAACAUCGGUACAGCCCAUGUUAGAUAUGAUUGAGGCAGUCAACAAGUGGCAGCCUCAUCUCCUCGAGAAAAGACCUAUUCUCAUACAUUGCGAAUCCGGAUUUCAUCGCAGUGGAGUGGUAGCUGUACUUCUAAAUGAAUUUCAUCGGAUUCAAGCAAACAAAGGUCAGAUCAAUAUUGUUGAAAGGGUGAAAACAAUGAAACAACGGAACAAAGAUCUUGUACAGAGUCCGACCCAACUUCGAUACAUCUACGACGUCAUACAAGAACAUGUAAAACAGAUGGAUGUUUAUCAAAAUAUGUAGGUCAUGACAGAAUAGUGAAUUCCCAUGUGUACAGACUUUUCACAAUAUAGUAUCACAUGACAAUUUACUUUUGUAUGGCAUAUUUUGAAUGGCACAUGAGAAACCAAUGUUGUUAUACGUUAACUAUUAUUACUCCUAUUAUACGGAUGCUAUUAGUAUGAUUAGCUUAGGGUUUUGAAUGAGUUUUAUGCAAGCACAGUGCUUAUGAUUCAAUUCUGGACAUAAGAUGAUCAAAUGAAAUGAGGAAGUUGUCUUCUGUAGAUAAGCAUUAUACGUUUAAUAAAUGAAUUUCACAACAUAUACUCAUUGAUCAAGGUUUAGUUACGUUCUUUCCUGCAUAAUUGACUAUUACUAUCAAUAGUUUAUCCGCAUAGUCAUUGAUCUUAGAUGCUUACAAAUUAUGCCUUAUUUUGCAUUUUUUUAUGUUCGGACAAAUUUAUGUUCGUCUGAUAUUAAUACUAUUGUGUAUUGUCAUGUAAUGGAUACUGUAAUAGUUAUAGUAAUCAAGUGCUUUGUUAAAUUGUUUAUUUUUGCAUGUGUUAUGGGAACAUGCCACUUGUUACGAUGUUAAGUCGUAGCUACAAUAGCAGGUGAGAGUUAUGUUGUAUAUGCAUUUAAAAAUACGACAGAAAAAAGGAGGUAGACAAAAAACGAAGAAAAGCUACUGAAAAUUGGAUAAUUUGAGAUUUGAAUGUUUAGUUCAAUUAAGAAUCUAUUCGUAACUGUUUCGUGAUCAUAUUGAUUUAUAAAAACAAAAUUUUAGUACAACUUGUAAACAAUUGUCGCCAGCAUGAGCUCUUUAAUACAUUCCCUAAUAGAAGAAAUAUAA